GAGAAAAAUUGUAGAAAAUUAUGAUUAACUCACUUUGUGGAAGCAUGUCAAUCAAAAGUGAGAGCUCAUGCACUAACAAAAUCCAGCCAGAAACUUCAACUAACGAAUCCAAUUCAAUUUCAGAACCAAAGAAAAAGUUUUCCUCCUCUCAAUGCUCUGAUAUAAUGGAUCAGCAGCAAAGCAGCUUAACCCCACCAAGCCUAAACUUCCCAACUCUGAAAUUCGAUCUGGAUGGUGAUUUGGAAGUCCAAUCACCGGACAAUUCAUCACUCUGGGAAUCAUUGUUCUCCGACCAGUUCGAUUCCGACUUCAUGAUCUUAUCUCCGGUUAGAAACUUGCCGUCGCCGCGGCAAACAUCGAAUUACAAUUACAAUUACAAUUACAAUUAUGCUCAGUCAAUGCAGGGGCAGAGUCUCUUGGGAUGUUCUCCACCGCGGUUUGGUUCACAGGUUGGAGCUGCUUUUAGCAGCAGAGGGAAGGGACUCAGUCCACUUCACAGGGUCUUUAACUCUCCAAACAACAAUAAUGGUAGUAGUAGUAAUCAGUAUAUGCAGCAUACAGACACUUUUGCCCUGCAGGCAAUUGAAGAUUUCUUGGAUGAUUAUCAGAGAGAUGGCUUCGUUGUUGGAGGUUUUAACAAGAUGACAGGGAUGGCUGGUGGUGGUGGGAAUUCUUCAUCAGAGCAAUCUUACGAUAUUCCGACUCCCCCGACGUUGGAUUGCUUGGCGAUCCCAAAUUCCUCUUCUUCUUCUAGGUUUUGUGGGUCGGCAAGUGAAACAUCUUCCGGUCCUGGAGGGUCUCAGGUGACACAAGAGAGUGGUGGUUAUCAAAUGGGGACUAUUGGACCAGGUGCUCCAUUAUCAGAACAAUUGCGACAAGAAAGGCGGGAAGAUAAUAAUAAUAACAAUAACAUUAGCAAUAAUAAUAAUAAUAAUAAUAUUAAUGUUAAUAUUCAUCGUCCACAACAGCAACAAUCCCAGCCACCAGUACAGCUCCAUCAUAACCUUAACCAUAGUUUAAUGGCGCCUCUUCCUAUUGCCUCUGACCAGGAACAAGACAGUGGACUUCAACUGGUGCACCUUCUUCUUGCUUGUGCGGAAGCUGUUGCAAAAGAAGACUACAUGCUGGCCAGAAGGUAUCUCCACCACCUCAACCGAGUCGUCACACCCAUCGGCGAUUCCAUGCAAAGGGUGGCUGCCUGCUUCGCGGACGCCCUCAGUGCACGUCUCACCGCCACACUCACCACCAACCCAGUCACCGCUUCUACACCGUCUUUCCCUAGCUCCUCCCUAGAAGUCCUCAAAAUCUACCAAAUCGUCUACCAAGCUUGUCCAUAUGUCAAAUUCGCCCAUUUCACUGCUAACCAAGCCAUCUUCGAAGCUUUUGAAGCCGAAGACCGCGUCCACGUCAUCGAUCUCGACAUCCUCCAAGGCUAUCAAUGGCCUGCUUUCAUGCAGGCCUUGGCCGCCCGUCCCAGCGGAGCCCCGUUCCUCCGGAUAACCGGUGUGGGUCCCUCCAUCGAUACGGUGAGAGAGACUGGCCGGUGUUUGACUGAGCUCGCUCACUCUCUCCACGUCCCCUUCGAAUUCCAUGCGGUUGGUGAAGAGCUCGAAGAUCUCAAACCCCACAUGUUCUACCGCCGCGUCGGCGAAGCUCUGGCGGUGAAUUCGGUCAACCGCCUCCACCGUGUUCCGGGGAACUGCCUGGGGAACUUACUGACGAUGAUUCGGGACCAAGCCCCUAAUAUAGUAACCCUAGUUGAGCAAGAGGCAAGCCAUAACGGACCCUACUUCCUGGGUAGGUUUCUAGAAGCGUUGCACUACUACUCGGCCAUUUUCGACUCGCUGGACGCGACGUUUCCGCCGGAUUCGGCUCAGAGAGCAAAGGUGGAGCAGUACAUAUUCGCGCCGGAGAUUCGGAACAUCGUGGCUUGUGAGGGAGCGGAGAGGAUACAGAGGCAUGAGAGGUUGGAGAAAUGGAGGAAGGUGAUGGAGGGGAAGGGCUUUAAAGGAGUGGCAUUGAGUGCGAAUGCGGUGACACAGUCGAAGAUAUUGUUGGGAUUGUAUUCAUGUGAAGGUUAUAGGUUGACGGAGGAUAAAGGUUGCUUGCUUUUGGGUUGGCAAGAUAGGCCUCUUAUUGCUGCUUCUGCAUGGAGAUGUUAA